CUCUCAUACGUGACGGCCCACCGCCAUGUAUCCCUCCUUCAACCCCGGUAUUGGCUCGUACACCACCAUUCAUGUACCAGAAAUCGGCGACGCACACCUACGCUUCACCGCGUCGUUCCCGUCACGCGAGUCCCUCGAGCAGGCGCGCCGCGAGGACAUCCGCGUCGAGAUGUGGACCAACAUGCCCGUCAACGGCAGCAAUGGCGACUGGCACGCGGUGCCCUUCGUCUUCCCUGAGGACGCUAAGGCCGAACAAAGCGCGCCGGACCUCGCGCUCGCGCCGGCUGUCGACGCACCUGCGGUUUCGGACAGGGACAUCUACCUCGACAUGGUCCUCCCAAACUCGCUAUGCGGCUCGCGCUACUCUUUCACGUACCGCCUUGUUCGUUCGUGGGGCCUUGAAUGGCUCGGCGGCUGGGGGCAUAAUGGAGACCUUGUUCUCGAGCGCUACGAGGAGCGGUUUGCUUUGGCGGAGGGCUGUUCUCUUAAGGAAGGUGUUGUCGUUUGCAACUCUGCCGAGAGUGUCCCCGCCAUCCAACUGAAGGAGCCGUCGAACUGGACAUCGUGGGUGUGGGACGAGGAAGGCUGGGCUACAUAUUCCCCCGAGGCGCUUGCUUCGGCUUCCAAAGCUGUCCUGCUUGUUCCUCGUCUCGCAGAAAACUUCCGCACUCGCGGAAUCUCUCAGCCCCUCUUCCUUUAUGCUGGCGCGGAGUCUUCGUCCGCAGUCGGCGUCUCUGCGGAGGGCAAAGUGUCAGCUCACAACUCCAGCAGGCUGACGAUCCUGGACCCUGGUGCGGUCUCCUUCAUUGAGAGUGCCCGGUCGAUGCUUCCGGGUCUUGAAAUCAUAGGCAGAAAUGAUGGCUACGCUGUCUUCAAAUCUCGGGUUGCCGAGGACAGUGCGCCUGCCUCCGUCUCCGUUGUACCUGCGGCAUGCGCAGCUAUUCGCAAGGGAACUCGACUCACCUACGAUGACCUGCUUGCCGUGUGCCCACAUAUCAGCAAAGAGAGGACCGCCCUUGUCGAUUUGGCGCAACCUGCUUUCAUCACGGUCUCCACCGAUCCCUCCGACCUCUCUGUCGAGAUUGGUCCCUAUGGAGGGAAAUUCGUUCUCUCACCCCUCCAUGUCCUCGAACAGGCUAAUGAAGAGCUCCCUUGGCACCUCGCAGUACUGUCUCCAUCGUCGUUUGCUCGCAUCGCGACCGAGACGUCUAAGGAAGAGCUCGCUCGCCUGCUUCCCACUCCCCCGCCGUCUCCUCCGCCGACGUCGGCUUCGCUUACCUCUUCUUCAUCCUUCUCCAUGAGCGCUUCAAGUGGCAUGUCGAUCUCCCUGCCAUCGAUCGCCGAGAUCGUCGCGAAGGAAAUGGAACCGGCUGCACCGCUCACCCCUUUGUCGCCGCCGCUUCCCUCCGAGGAUCCUCUCUACGAAUUGUCUGAGGAACAGGCUGAAGACGCUCCCAAAGAGCCCGAGAGCAAGGAAAUUGAGAGCAAGGAGUCCGAGAGGCAGGUUACCUUGCCUACCUCGCGUUCCCAGCCUAUUCGCGGCGGUCUGCUGCGCCUGCUCUUCGCCUGGCUCUUCCGCUCCGUCAUCGCCAGGGUCUUCGGCUUCUUCGCUCCGGUAGCGCGAUACUGGGGCAUGCCUAGCUAUUGGUUCUAUAUUGCGAAGCCUGAGAAGAAGCAAGAGGCUGUGCGAGACGAUGAGCACAAGAUCGAGGAUAACGUUAACGUCGAUCCCACCGUAAACGACGAGGUUGAUGCGAAGAGCGACGCUGAUGGCGCCCAAGAAGAAGACAAGGAUUACCUGAACACUUAUGACUCGAUCGGCGCCGUUGCAUCGCCCUCCGGGACGACUCUGGCAGAGUCAGACGACGAGCUUCCCGAGAAGGAGCACUACACGCCAAGCAAAAUCGAGGUCGCUCCGUCGAUGGAGACCGUCGUCCACGCACUGGAAGAUCGUCCGGCGCCGGUAUUCAUCUCGCCGCGCGCGUCGCCCAAACCGCGCUUCCUCGCGGACAUUGGCAGCAAUACCGUCUCGCUCCUCGUUCGCGCGCCUCACGCGCGGCGCGCACUCUCGGACCUCAAAAUACACCUUGGCGGCAAGCCGAUCGCCGAGGGCGACGCCGGAUACAGCUGUGCCCGCGUGUCGGACAAUGUCUUCCUCCUCGGCCUGCAGGGCUCCCAGGAGGGUGGCCGGCUUGAGAUCGCUGUCGAUUGAAGCCAUCGGCGCGACUUAGAAGAUAGUGACGUCUGUGACGCUCCAUCCCCCCGAUCCCAAGACAGGGUCUAUUUUCCCUUUGUAUGUUUGUACGAUAGGGCCAUUCCACGCCAGGUGGAUAACCCAUGAACGUUCACGAGUAGACAUGUUUAUCACGUUUGUAUCCAGCACUCUGUAGCAGCUCCCUCCUCCUGUUUCACUCGCGCACUUGUAACAUGUAUCAUGGCGCAAUUACCCCCCGCAUCCCAUCGUCUCUUACAUCUUCGUCUUCGGUCUCGCAUCCACAUUCAUCAUUUUGGCAUCGUCACUGUUCGUUUCCCAUUCACGUGUAGUCAUGCAAAAUACAUCUGGGCACCUG